AUGCCAACCUCAAAACCUUUGCGAAUCGGCGUGAUUGGGCCCGCGGGGUUUGGAGGCUCGUAUCUCUGCGUCGAGCUCCUAAACCGCGGCCAUACUGUCAUCGGCAUAUCGCGGAGCCCGCAAAAGCUGGGAAAGCACGAACGCUACAUUCCAAGAUCAAUUGACAUUGACGACGUAUCGUCUUCAGAACUUGCGAAAGUUUUUGAGGGAGUUGAUGUUCUGGUCUCCGAAUACGGACCACAUACAGCGGGCGCCGAUGCUCUUCUUUACAUGCCUUUCAUCGAAACCGUCCGCAAAAUUAUCCUCGCCGUGAAACAAUCCACGGUGAAAUACUUCCUCUUCGUCGGAGGUGCAGGAUCGCUUCACGUGCCAGGGACUCACGAAUGCUGCGUCGACCACCCAGACUUCUUCAUGGCCUACCGAAAAGCAAUCGCUACGUCCGAAGCCCACAUCGCAUACAUGGAAGAACGACUAGGCAUCAUGGGCACAGCACUACGCGCAUAUCGAAACGCGCGAAUCGCGAAACGUGAAGGCCGUGCCACCGCCGACGACCAAAAGGCGAUUGAAGAGUACGAAACAGGGAUCAAGCGGAAAGAUCGAGCAACGGAUUUCAUCAAAGCAGGCCGCGCGGCGUACAUGUUCUUCGACGGAAAUACGAGUUUCAAGUGGUCGUUUGUGUCGCCUUCUGCGUUGUAUAGGCCUGGGAAGAGGACAGGGAAGUAUGAGAUUAGUGUGGAUGAUAUGGUCUUGGAAGGAGAGCAGGAGUCUGAAAAUAUCUUCGAGGGGAGGUUGACAGGGAUUACGGUUUCGGAUAUGGCGAUUGCAAUUGCGGAUGAGAUUGAGAGUGAGAGUUUGACAUAUAAGCAUUGGAGUGCGAUAGGGGAUAUUUCAGAGGAUAGACCAGCGCCGGCAUAUUUGACUUUAGAGGAUACUAAAGGGGGAAGCAAAUAA